AUGAGGUUUAAUCAGCCCAAACGGUCAACACCCGUUGCCAGCCCGCGACUGCGCCUGCGCGAUGACGGGGCGGCCAAUCACCCCCAAACGCUCGGCCGCCGCCUGGCUUUCUGCGCGCCAGGGGUCGAAGACAAGGGCCGGGGCGGGAAACGCGAGCCCCGGGGAGGGGGGCUGCUCAGGGGGGCCGGGGGCCAGUCAGCCAGGCCCCAAGGGCCGGCGCCGGCCCCCAGCGCCGGGAUGCCCGGGGCCAAGCGCCCGCGUGGGGGUGGCGGGUCCUGGGCCGAGGAGGACGAGGCGCCCGCGUCCCAGUUUGAGGAGGAGCUGGCCCUGAUGGAGGAGAUGGAGGCCGAGCGGAGGCUGCAGGAGCAGGAGGAGGAGGAGCUCCACGUGCCCCCCGAAGGGGCUGCCAUGGGGCAGCUCCCUGCCUCGGCCCGCGACGCCCGCUGGCUCCGGCCCGCUCCGCCGGCCCUGGACCCCGGGCAGGCCCUGGCUUUCAGAGCCAUCAACCGGGAGGGGGCGUGGUCAGGGCGGGGCACGGGGGCAGGGGCCGGCCCAGUGGGAGGGGGCGUGGUCAGGGUAGGCAGGGGGCGGGGCCGGGAAAGGCUCUCACCCCCCCACCCCCCCCAAGGCAUGUACGGCUACCUGGGGCGCGGCCCCUCGCCCUUUCUGCGGGUGACCCUGGCGCUGCCCCGCCUCGUGGCCCCUGCCCGGCGCCUGCUGGAGAAUGGCAUCCGCCUGCCCGGCCUCGGCUCCCCCAGCUUCCCGCCCUACGAAGCCAACGUGGACUUUGAGAUCCGACUUGUCACCCCGACUGGCCUGUUCUGCCUCUGGGGGGCAUUCACUGGGGGGAGGGACUGCGGGGGUCCUGGGGGGCUGGGCUGGCCUGAAGCCUCCCCACUGACCCCUGGACCCGGCUCUUGGCAGGCCUGGGCCUCCUUCGUCCGCACCAUGGACCCCGACGUCAUAACGGGCUAUAACAUCCAGAACUUCGACCUGCCCACCUACUCCAGGGACAACCCUCAAAACCCCAGCCCCACCCUGGCUCAUCAAGUCUCGUCCUUCCCGUUCCUGGGCCGGAUCUCCGGCCUCCGCUCCCAGAUCCGCGACUCUUCCUUCCAGUCCAAGCAGACGGGCCGGCGGGACAGCAAAGUGGUCAGCAUGACAGGGCGGGUGCAGAUGGACAUGCUGCAGGUAGGGGCCAGGGCCGGAGGGGGCACUGAGGCGGGCCGCCCCCAACCCUCCGCGGGCCGUUUCCACUUCCUGGGGGAGCAGAAGGAGGGGCCGGCCAGCAUCAUCACGUCCCCCCAGAACGGGAACGACCAGUCCCGCCGCCGCCUGGCCGUGUACUGCCUGAAGGACGCCCUCCUGCCCCUCCGGCUGCUCGAGCGCCUCAUGGUCCUGGUCAACGCCGUGGAGAUGGCCAGAGUCACGGGCGUCCCCCUGGGCUACCUGCUGACCCGGGGCCAGCAGGUCAAGGUCGUGUCCCAGCUCCUCCGCCAGGCGGUUCGGGAGGGCCUCGUGAUGCCUGUGGUGAAGACAGAGGGCGGGGAGGACUUCACAGGAGCCACGGUGAUCGAGCCUCUGAAAGGGUAUUACGACGUCCCGAUCGCCACCCUGGACUUCUCCUCCCUGUACCCCUCCAUCAUGAUGGCCCACAACCUGUGCUACACGACGCUGCUGAGGCCGGGCACCGCGCAGAAGCUGGGCCUGACCCCCGACGAGUUCAUAAAGACCCCGACGGGGAACGAGUUCGUGAAGGCCUCCGUGAGGAAAGGGCUCCUGCCCCAGAUCUUGGAGAACCUGCUCAGUGCCCGCAAGAGGGCCAAGGCGGAGCUGGCCAAGGAGACGGACCCCCUGCGGCGGCAGGUCCUGGACGGGCGGCAACUGGCCCUGAAGGUCAGCGCCAACUCCGUCUACGGCUUCACCGGGGCCCAGGUCGGGAAACUGCCCUGCGUGGAGAUCUCCCAGAGCGUCACUGGCUUCGGGCGACAGAUGAUCGAGAAGACCAAGCAGCUGGUGGAGUCCAAGUACACUGUGGAGAAUGGGUACAGCGCCGACGCCAAGGUGGUGUACGGAGACACGGACUCGGUGAUGUGCCGCUUCGGGGUCCCCUCCGUGGCGGAGGCGAUGACGCUGGGCCGGGAGGCCGCCGACUGGGUGUCCGGCCACUUUAUCGCGCCCAUCCGGUUAGAGUUUGAGAAGGUCUACUUCCCAUACCUUCUCAUCAGCAAGAAGCGCUACGCGGGCCUCCUGUUCUCCUCGCGCCCGGACUCCCACGACAAGAUGGACUGCAAGGGGCUGGAGGCCGUGCGCCGGGACAACUGCCCGCUCGUGGCCAACCUGGUCACGUCCUCCCUGCGGCGCCUGCUCAUCGACCGGGACCCCUCGGGCGCCGUGGCCCACGCCCAGGACGUCAUCUCGGACCUGCUCUGCAACCGGAUCGACAUCUCGCAGCUGGUGAUCACCAAGGAGCUGACCCGGGCCGCGGCCGACUACGCGGGGAAGCAGGCCCACGUGGAGCUGGCCGAGAGGAUGAGGAAACGAGACCCCGGCAGCGCCCCCGGCCUGGGGGACCGAGUGCCCUACGUCAUCAUCAGCGCAGCCAAGGGCGUGGCAGCCUACAUGAAGUCAGAGGACCCCCUGUUUGUGCUAGAGCACAGCCUGCCCAUCGACACCCAGUACUACUUAGAGCAGCAGCUGGCGAAGCCCCUGCUGAGGAUCUUUGAGCCCAUCCUGGGCGAGGGCCGGGCCGAGGCCGUGCUGCUGCGUAAGGGCCAGUGGGGAGAAGCGGGGGGCUGGGGGAACCUGGGGGGGGCCCUGGGGAUCCUGCUGCUGUGUUCCCCACCAGGCCCAGCCACCCCCGCCGAGGCGGUGCUGGCGGCCAAGGUCGGGGGCUCCUGGCCCCCCAGCAGGGAGCAGCUCACCCGGCUGCCGGGCCGCCCCAGCCACCCGGUGAAGGCUCGGGGCGGGGGGCCCGGUGGCCAAGGUUCUCCUUCCCCGGGGGGGGCUUGCCAGAAGGGAGGGGGGAACCCGUGGGAACCCAGAGGAGGGAGGGAGGGGAGGGCUGGGCUCCCGGCCCACAGGCCCUGCAGCUCCCUCUGCCCCCAGGUAGCGCACCUGAGUGCACUGGAGGAGCGCUUCUCACGCCUGUGGACGCAGUGCCAGCGCUGCCAGGGCAGCCUGCACGAGGACGUGCUCUGUACCAAUCUUGCCCCCAAGGGCCCCGGCCCCCGCCCGGCCCUUGGCCCUCCCCCGGUCCUGGCCAGGCGGGGCCGGGCCCUUCCCCUAAGGGCCGGGGCCCGGGUUUCCACCGGCCCAGGGGCGCGGGUGACAGGCGCCAGCCCCCCGCCCGGCCUUAUCACCCCCACCUAG